AUGGUAUUAAACCAAAAAAAGCGUAAGCGUGCUUCACAAUAUAAUAUAAAAAGUUUUAAAAUACCGGGAAUUGGAGAAUUGCCACCACUGCCAGUCAAAAAAUUUAAAGAGCUUGCGUCUAAUGACUCUGGAAGUAUCAUAGAAUGCAAACGUUCUGAUAAAGAUUUUACAGAAGUGAUAGAAGGAAAUUUUAUUGUACGUUACAAACGCAGUCACGGCCGUGUUGAAGCCGAAACUAAAAAGCCUUUGUUUUUCAAUGUUACUCACACAUUUGGUGAUGAAAGUUUAUCUGAUAUGAACUUGCGAUCACAGGUUAAUAUCUAUAAAAUGAUUCCCUCGAGCCCUAAAUUAGAUUGGUUAGGGAGUCAUAAGAACGAAGAUGUCAUAUUUUACGAGACCGGCGAGGUAUUGGCAGAAGUAUAUGAUAACGGUUUAUUCAAGUGGUUUUACAGAGAUGGAAACGUAGCUUUGGAUUUUAUAGACGUUUGUGAUAAUGAAACGAAUGCAACAAAAGAAUAUGUUGUUUAUGAUACAGUUACAAAAAACAAAAGAAGAUGUGAAGAUAAAGUAAAAACGUUGGCCAGCUUUGAUGAUACAGGACAUGGAGUUGUUUAUGAUCCAUUUGGAUGUACGAGGAUUAAAUAUAAUCAAGAAGAAGGUGUACUUUUUGAUCGCCACAUUGGGUCACCAUGUCAUUGGAAAUGGAAUGCAUUAAACGAACCCCCCAAAAUUCAUGUUGAGCAUAUGUUUGAGUUUUUGAAGCCCUUAGACCCCUACAUUGAGAAUUUGGGAGUCGGGGCAAACAAUAGCAAUACUAAUGGCGAGGAAAAAGGUUCGCUAGAAAUAGAGUUAAAUAAUGUAAUCAGAGAAAAGUCAAUGAAAAUAUUUAUGAAUUAUAAACCAUUUGAAAUACGGUCGAAGAUUUUUAAAUUAAAUGACCACUUUUCUUUAAGAGUGCUUGGUCAAUCUAAAAUUUAUAUUUUGUUUAGAGACGGUAAAAUAUCUCUUAAGCUCAAUGUGGGUAUGAAACUAAUUAGUAACGAAGUAAUAGACAUAAAAGCCGUGAAAAACGAUAUAAUAAAUACGAAGUAUUAA